AUGGGAGAGAAUUCUGAUCUUGAAGAAGGAGAGAUGAAUUGUUCUUCUUCCAAUGAAGAUGUUCUUGAUCUUGACGUUGAUCUCUCUUACAUUGACAAUGUGGUUAAGUUGCUUGAUUUUGUCUACUUAUAUGUAUAUUCUGCAAUGUUGACAUUGAGUUUUGUUGCUCUGUAUGAUGAAGGAAAAGAAGGUUCGAAGAUUUGGGACUAUGGAUCAUUUUUGCCCAGUUACAAACAUUCGAUGGCUGUACCGUUAUUUCAAAGGAUUCCCCUUGGGAAUCAUGCUGUACAAAGAUUUUCAAACAAUUUACCGGGGAAGAGUGUGGUUCAGAAGAUUCACUCACUGCCUACUACUUCUUCUAAUUUAGUAAGUCAGCAGGAUCCUCAGAACUAUCAAACUUCUGGGUCCCUUUUGUCUCAAGCUCCUGAAAAGGUUCUCAUUAAGAAAGAAAAUGCAAGAAUACCAGGCAAUGAUCUGUCUGAUUCUAAGCCGAUUAGGGUUCGGAUCAAAAUGGGUUCUGAAAUCUUGUCCCGGAAGGUCACUAUGGUUUGCAAUGAUCUUGGUCUCGCUGAUUCUCCAACUUCACGAAACAGUCACGACGAUAGUAGCAGAAAGCUGCCACAUACAUCUCUGGAGAAAACAAGCCAAUCUCCUUCCCGCAUUCUUCAGGAAAUGACUGCGAUUCCUGUCCCAGAGGAUCUACUGCUGUCGCCUCUUCCUGAGAGUCUGCUUCAUUUGAAGGAUAAGGAGACGCAUCAUACUUUAUUUGACAAUGAACCAGUGCUUAAGGCACGAAAAGAACCUUCUGUUCAGAAACAGAACAAGUUUUCGAAUGUUUUAGGUUGUGGGGAAAUUACUAAUGGAAGGAGAAGGAAAGCGGUAGACUGCUUUGAUGAUACCACUUGGAAUGAGACUUCGUCAUCUGGUGAGAUGAAGAAGCAAAAAGUUUUUUCCACUGGUCAACUAGCCAGGGAGAACUCAACUUGUGGUGUAGUUGGGACAAGUCCUACUAACGAUGGGUUUACAUCAAACAAAAUGAAGGUUGUUGGGAAACAAGCUGAGAAGGAGAAAAAGACAUAUCCAACAAAUUUGAAACAGAGCAGUAGCAAAAAUUGCGUUGGUGAUAAAUUUUUAGCAAAGAUGCCUUUCAAGGAUGCUGCAUAUAUUGGUCAAAAUAACUUGGACAUUGGGCCUGAUUUUUCGGUUGCACUUUCUUCCAUCAGUCCUGACCUUGAUAAUUGGGCCCAGUGUGAUAGUUGUGAGACAUGGCGGCUUCUGCCCUUUGGCCUGAACACUGAGCAGCUGCCUGAUAAGUGGUUUUGUAGCAUGCAAACCUGGCUGCCUGGAAUGAACCACUGUGGAGUCAGCGAGGAAGAGACAAUAAAUGCUAUCAAAUCCUCUCAUCGUACUGAGGCUCACGGUCCUGAAACUGGUGGUCAAUUACUCUCUGCUGCUAGCAAUGCUGAUAAAAGCAACCAACCUUUAACUUCUCGGUCAUUGCUGAAUCCAAUUGAAAAGAAGUCUAGCGUGAAAGCCUUGUCGCAAGUAGUUUCCAGCGAUAUCCUGGUUGAUGCUGCAAAGCCUAUGAGAAGUAACUCACAUGUUUUUAAAAUUAAAAACAUUAAGCUGCCAUUAGAAACGUCUAAUCCUACUCAGAUAGCCACAGUGUCACACAAUAUUCUUCAGGAUAAGGUUGACCAGAAAGCAAAGUGGCGAUCAGCAGGUACUGUUAGUCAGAUAAAGAUAAAGAAGAAAAAGGAGGGUGACAAACAAGAAAGUGAAGGUGACAAACAAAUCAAGACUGGUGAUGGCAACAAACUCUCCAGAGAUAUUAAACCGGAAGAAAUACAUUGGAAACAAGACCUGGAAUGGACUCCGGAAGAGAGAAAAACAAAACGUCAGGACAACGAUUCUUACUCUUCGGAUGUAGAGCGAGACACAAAGAAAAGAUUACUCGCAUCUAAAAAGAAACCUGACCACAAAUAUCAACUGACAACUGGUAGUGGCUCCUUGUGUACAAAUACUCAUGGCAGAAUCAAUAGUCCUGUGAGAAAAAUAAGGUUGAUGGGUUACAAGAAGGCUAGCAAUGGGAAUAAUUCAAAAUUGUUUGCAGAUGGUGAGGAAAAAGAGCCCUCAAUGGACAAGGCGACAACAACUAAAGUUUCAGACCAAGAAAUUAAAGCACACCAAAGAAAUGAAAUGUUUAAGGCUGAUGGCCCUCGAGAACACCGGAAUGCUGAUACCUCAUGCAGAUACUUCUCUGGUGGAAGUGGGCAGAUUUCUUGGGUAGAAACAUCAAGCUCUUCGAAGGUUUUAGGAUCACAUAAAAGUGGAAGGUAUGUGGAAGAGGUAAAAGCCUCCCCUAUGGAAUCAGUUUCCUCUUCCCCUGCAAGGUCUUCAUGUCCGGAAAAUCUUGCAUCAGCGGGAGUGAGCAUAUCCUGGAAAAUCCAAAACUUAAAACUUGGUGGAGCUGGGAGUAGAAAUGUUAACAAUAGAAAACAUUUUGGUGCUAUUACUCAUGACACUAUGGAUAGAUCCUGCCAGUCUGUGAAUGAUAUACUUCAAGAGGCUGAGAAGCUGAGAAAACUUGCUGAUUAUUUGAAGAGCUCUGGAUUUGAUUAUGAACACAAGGAGACCAAUUUUAAAGCGGCUCUGAAGUUUCUACGUGGAGCUUCACUUUUGGAACUGAGAAAUACUGAAAAUGUGGAAGGGGGGAAGAUGAGCCAUGUUGAAGCUUACCAUAUUGCUGCAAAACUUUCAAAAAGCUGUGGCCAUCAAUAUGAAACAAGCCAAGAAAUGGCUGCAGCUGCUUUGGCCUAUAAAUGCACAGAGGUGGCUUGCAUGAGGGUAGUGUAUGGCAAAAGUCAAGGUCUGAGUGGAGAAUGGAAUGAAUUGCAAAAAAUUGUACAGAUGACUCCUCUAGGUGAAUCACCAUCAUCAUCUGCAUCAGAUGUUGAUAGUUUUAGUCAUCAAGGGGUGAUUGAUAUGUCUGCUAAAACUAAAAGAGGUCUUUCUCAUAUUGCUGGAAACCUUCUGCCUAUUGCUCGACGCCAGCAAAAUUUUGCUCCGCUAUUGGACUUUACAGAGAACAUGAAUCUGGCAAUGGAAGCGUCUGCAAAAUCUCAAAAUGCUUUUAGAGCAGCCAGUGUUACCUCAGAAGAAACACAGGAUGGAGAUUGUGUCUCUGCUAUCAAGAAAGUUGUCAAUUUUAGUUUCCAUGAUGUUGAAGCGCUUAUACAGAUGAUUGAGCUUGCCAUGGAUGUUCUAAGUUCAUCAAAAUUCCGUGGCCCGAAGUGUUGA